GGAAGGAAGAGGCUUGAAGAGAACACAUAGAAGACGCUUGUGACAGCUGAGGUCAGAUGACGGGAAUGACCAAACAAUGGACAUAAUGGAUGAAACGGUACUGUAUGUUUAUUUGAGAGGACACGGGAGGAGAGAGGCAGGAGAGAGGAGGUGUGGUAUGUAUGAGAGGGAAAGAGGAAACGUGGCAGGGACAGAGACAGUUCACAUUAACUAUUUAUAGGAGAACAUGCAUGUCUGUUUCUGUUAUUGCGCAUGCGUGUGAUAAUGUCAAGUGGGGAGUGUGUGUGUACUGUGCAUGUAAGAAUAUAGCUAUAAGUACAAGCACCUGUGCUGUACAAAAUUCAGCAUAAUGUCUGAAUGGUAGUAUACAGAGCAGAGGCAUUAUGAACUUUAAUCUUGUAUGGGAUGUUGUUCCAUGUGAUAUUUUAGAAAAUGGUGGCACUGAGUGUGGAGGAUGGCCCGUGGACAGGAUGUGCGGUUCUCUUCCUGCACUCCUGUCCCGCAGUGAACCUGCUCUCUCUCUACAAAGACCAGCAGGGCAAGUUCAGCGUCUUCAAAGUCCUCAAGCUGACACUCACAGGUGAGCCACAUCAGGCCAUCCGGUCUCCAGCUCGCGUGGGGAGCAUGCUGAGCAUUGGUUGAGGCAGAUGUAUUAUUGAUAGAAAGAAAAGCUUGGUGGUCAUGGGGAGUGAAAAAGGGGCUUGUGUUGCAGGGUGACCUGCUUAUCGACUGAGGGGAUGAAUAUAGUUAAAAGCUUAUGAAAAACUGCUGUCACAUAAACGCAGGGAGAUCUUUUAGGAAGUCAUAACACGGUUGAGCUCAGAGCUCUGCCUGGACCAGAGUAGUGGAGGGAGACACAGUCAGGUUAUAUUUGUUUUAUGGUCACUGUGGAAAACAUGACUAUUGUGCCAGUGAAUUGCUAUGGUUACCUCUAACCUCCUACCUUUGACCUUACCUGACCUGUGUCCCAGACUCGGUGGGGGGGCUGGAGGGGUACGAGAUCCUGAAGCUGCACGAUGCAGAUCCUCUGCUGGGUGUGGAGUUGAAGUUUGUGGAUGCGGCUGCGUGCCGCAGGUUCCUGCAGAGCUAUGGCUCCGGUGCCGUACAACAGUCCCUCACCCAGCACACCUGCCGCCUCCUCGGCCCACAGGAGCUUGCCGUGGAAACCCAGCUCAAAGCCGGGACGCACACUUUGGACUUUUGUCUGGACGAUCUGGAGCUUUGUCUGCAGCACAUCCACCAGUCACAGGUAAUAUACUAUAUACAGGUUAUAAUCCAUAUAUAAUGGUGUUGUUACUGGUAAUAUAUGAUAAACAGAUCACAAUAUAUAGUGUAUACCUGUCAGGUGCUCUGCUGUGCCUUAUGUCUUAUGACUCACUAUGAGGUGUUCUAAAUGUUGAUGUCACUUCCUGUCAGCCGGGGCGCCUACGGCAUGAUGAGAUUGCUGAGCUGGAGCAGCAGCUGCAGAGCCAGGCCUUGGGUCACGUACCCCAGCCACCCACCCUUACACAGGGAGAGCCCCCCGUGCCCAGCAACUGUUUCCUGUUCCAGAAGAGGGUGUUUGGUGAGUUGGCUCUGACUGCCAUGGCUGCUUCUUAUCAUCAGUGGGGGUUCAGCGGGGAGCUGGGACUCUAUGUCCCCUGGGUCCUCUACAUUCAUACACUGGCAUAGAACAGUGUUUCUCACCUCUCGGUCAGUAGACCACCACUGGUCUAUGGAAGGUUAUUGACCUGUGCCUCAAAUAGUUUGAUGACACUUUUAGUCAGCUCAAGUGCUGGUUUUAAUCUAAGUGGUCCUUUGAGGAAGAGGACCAUUAUAGCUUGCCCAAUCUCUGGUAUAGAGGACACUCAUUAUGGGUCAUCUAGUACACCCGGGACAGCAGGGUAGCCUAGAGGUAAGAGAGGAGGGCCAGUAUCUGGAAGGUUGCUGUUGUUUUUUACUUACUUACACCACGUCUUACAUGCAGGGCCAUAUAUAGACUCUGGAUACAUGUCUCUAACAGCCCCUCCCACUCUGUCUCCUGACCUAUCAGAGGACCGCAUGCUGGCGGCAGGGGGACCUGCAGCGGUUCUCCAACGGCGUUGGGCGGGACUGGAGGAAAGUGGGGCGGGCCUUGGGCAAGAAUUGCCGUGCGCUGAAGGGGCCGGCCAUAGACAACCUGGCCUACGAGUACGAGAGGGAGGGGCUGUACGAGCAGGCCUAUCAGCUGCUGAGCCGCUUCAUCCAGGCGGAGGGGAGGGCAGCACGGCUGGGCCGGUUGGUCAGAGCACUGGAAGAAAGCAAACUCACCAUCCUGGCUGAGAACAUUUUGGACAUCCAGCCCCGGGAGUGACACUGUCUGUCACACUGUCUGGGGGUGUGUGUUGGCCUAUGUGUGUAUGUGUGAAAGAGUGGUAACGUGUGGGUGGCAUUGCUUGUGUGAGCAGAAACGUGUGUGCACCAACUUACCUAGGUGCUACCAUGUGUCUGUUCUGUGUGAGCUUUGGGUCUGUGAGCUUGAUUGUAUGUUUUUUUAUUUGAGUAAAAAUGUUUUACUUCUUACAAAACCAAUAGUUCUCAUAAUUGCUAUAUCAAGUCAUUGUUGUCUCUGGUUGGAGAGCAAACUGAAAUCACUGUGGCCUUUUCUUCUUCCGCUUUAAACCCAACCCCCUUUCUCCACCACAGACUGGACCAUUCAUGGAUUUGGUCAUUCUACCAAUAACCAUUAGUUAUUACAAAAACUAGAUUGAUAUUGAACAAUUUGUAAUGGUAUUGGGGAAUAUUUGUUCCGAAAUCCAAAUAAAGUGUUGGG